CAAAACGAGAUAUCCAUACCCCUCAUCGCAGUGAAUAGCUACUUUGGAGUUGCGGCGAUGAGUUUCCUUGUAUACGAUACACUCAUUCACAUGGGAGACGAAGUCGAGUACAUAUGGCGUGGCCGACGCUCCUGGAUCAAGUAUGCGUAUGCCUUCAUAAGACAUGUUCCCUACCUUGCUGAAGUGGGCCUUCUAGAGAUGAUUGCACCAUCUCACUCGCAAUCUGCUCAUCCCUGGCGUACCGAACAGUGCCGAAUCUGGUUGAUCUUCCAGCUCACUCUAAACGAGACUCUUACCGUGAUUGUCGAGGCAGUGCUCAUCGCGCGCAUAUACGCAAUGUUCAAGGAUAACAUGUUGAUCGUCGCGACGGUAUUGACGCUCUACCUCGCAGAGAUUAUCUCAAUGAUCACGGUCAUAGCCCUCAGUAUUCCAAAGAUGGAGAUCAGUACAUCAGCCUGUCUCAUCAUACGGACUCCUCCUGUCUGGACUUCAUACUGGAUCAUAUCGCUUUCCUUCGAAACAAUUCUAUUUGCCUUGACCCUGUUCAAAUCCAUUGGUUGGAGAAAGUAUGGGUCUCGGAGCAAGGAGUCGAUUAUGUUUCUUCUGGUACGCGAUGGCACCUGGGCAUAUGCUGUCAUUUUCUUGAUAAUGCUUCUCAAUACCUUGCUGUAUCAUCUCGUGGAUAAUCCGUUAGCGGGUGUCUGUUUCUCUUGGGAGCUGACCAUAAUGUCAUUUGCGGCAAGUUCAUUCCAAUGCUCGCAUACAUCCUGUCCAGCAGAGCUCGUAUAACUCUUUCUCAGGGCUCUCAUGUCCUGUUGAACUUGCGCCGCUUUGCGGUGCGAAGUCCGCAAUCUGAUUCUCUGUGGACAAUGGAAGAGUUCGAGACCGUACGAUACGCUUCCCCUCCGCCAUCUCAACUGCGCGUGGAUACGACGGAAGAAGGAGAAGAUAGCGGCACAGCGUAUGAGUUGACUGAAUCGAUUUCGGAGCGUUAGAGAUAACCCAUCGAGCGGCGGGAUGAUGAUGGGCGAAUAUCACACUUUUCCUGACUGUUCUUGGCAAGCUCUUUGUUCACUUGUCCGCCAUGACUGUCCGUAGUCGCUCCACUGCAAUGUCAUGUAACCUCAUGCUGG